UUUUUUGUUUGGGGGUUGGUGCCGGGACGGCCACGAUGCAGCGGCGGCCAAGCCAUCAAAAGCUUGUUGUGACGGAAGGAUUUGAGGCGAAUACGCAAGGCACCCUCAAUGACAUUGCCGUGCGCGAGUUUCACGACGCCCUGAGUAGGGAUGAGGAGGUGGCGUUUGCAGUCGCAGCUAUUAUGGCCCUGACGGCCGUCAUCAAGCGGAGCAGGCAAGUCUACCUCCUCCUUUCCCCUGGGGUAUGGGGUUGGUUUUCGGCCAUCGGAGAAGGCAGGCACAGGGUCGCGACAACACUGAUGGGGGUCAGCAAGGAGCUGGCGGACGCCGCGCAAGCAUUGCAGAGGGUGAACCCCACCAACAUUUCCCUCAAGGCCGGCUGCGAGCUGUUCCUGAGGUACACGACACGGACCAGCGCGCUGGAGCUGCAGCUUCACUCGCUCGUGGGUCUUCAGUUCAGUGUUAUUGUGACUGAGGGGCGGCCGGACGGCACUGGCAUCACCCUGGCCAAGAAACUGGACGCGGAGAAAAUCCCGGUUACCUUGGUGCUGGACAGCUGCGUGGCGUACAUCAUGGACAGGGUGGACAUGGUGCUGACCGGCGCGGACGCGGUGGUGGAGAACGGCGGCAUCAUCAACAAGCUGGGCACCUACGGGAUUGCGCUGGCGGCUCAGGCCGCGUCCAAGCCAUUCUACGUCGCUGCGGAGUCGUACAAGUUCGCCCGUCUGUAUCCGCUGGGACAGGCCGACCUGCCGGAGGAGCGCAAACCCCUGGACGUAGGGCCCAUGUUGCCGCCCCGCACAGAGGUGAUCAACCCGUCUCGCGACUACACGCCCCCGCAGUGCAUCAGCUUGCUGGUCACCGAUUUGGGUGUGCUCACUCCGGCUGCGACAACCCGUGCAACGCGCACCGAAGCGUCAGCGCGCACCGCGCCCGCGUGUUUUUUGCGCGCGCGCGUAGGGGCGGGAGCGCCGCACAUCGUGGAUGACCACACCGCACCGCGCAAUUUUUCCGUUCAACGUGCACAGCACCGCGCGCCUCCACGCGCGCUUCAGCGCAGUGCAACUUCGGCGCGCACCGAAGCAUCGAUGCGCAACGCGCGCCGCGCACAGCACCGCGCCGUUCUAUUCGACGCACAAAUCGCCGCGCGAUUCAACGCGCAUCGAACCGCGCAAUUCAACGCGCGAUUCAACGCGCACCGAACCGCGAUUCAACACGCACCGAACCGCGAUUCAACACGCACCGAAGCGCGCAAUUCAACGCGCGCAAUUCGGUGCGGAAUUCAACGCGCGCUUCAGCGUGCAAUUCAACGUGCGCUUCAACGCGCAACGUCCGUGUGUCCGACUGGUUUUGGAAAUUCCGGGUUGGAAGGAAUGCCGUACGUGCUUAAGACAGCGCCGUGCGACGCGCAAUUCAGCGCGCAACUCAACGCACCCCAACGCAAUCCGUUCAACGCGCAAUUCAACGCGCAAUUCAACGCGCCGUGCAACGCGCAAUUCAAGGAAUGCCCGCAAUUCAGAGUGCAAUUUGACACGCAAUUCAACGCACAAUUCAACGAUGGACGUUGGGCGCACCGAAUCGCGCACUUCAACACGCAGUUCCAUGCGCCCAAAACCGCGCAAUUCAACGCGCAAUUCAAUGUACAAUUCAACGCGCAAUUCAACGUGCAAUUCAACGCGUAA